CACAGAGACACACUCUCACAGAGACACACACACUCACUCACAGAGACACACUCUCACAGAGACACACACACACACACUCACAGAGAGACACACACACACACACACUCACUCACAGAGACACACUCUCACAGAGACACACUCUCACAGAGACACACACACACACACUCACAGAGACACACUCUCACAGAGACACACACACACACACUCACAGAGAGACACACACUCACACACACACACACACUCACUCACAGAGAGACGAGCAAGGCUGUGUCCGUUAAAUCAUGUAAUGACCCACAAUGCCAGAAGAGCUUGUUUUGACAUACAACAGAAAAAAGAAAAGAUUGUCAGUUACUAGUUUCAACAUCGCAGUCCUCACGCGUCCCUCUUCCCUCAGAAACACUGCGAUAGAGCGCAACAGUCUGCUGCCACAACUCAAUUAUUAACCGUUUAAAGACAGACCUAUAAUGAGCCACGAGGAAGUUCAUCGAUGGUUGAAGCCAUCAGUUAUCUCAACUCCAUUGUUUAACAAUCAUGUUUGAUAGCAGAAUUCAUAGUAAACAACUACAUUACCCAUGAUACAGCAGAGAAAGAUCCACCAAUCAGAGAACCGCGUCCAACGAAACCCACGAAACGUGCCUCUGAGCGAUCGCCAACUCAGCACACGCCCCACCGAGAGCGAGAACCACAUUAUAGCGACCACGAGGAGGUUACCCCAUGUGACUCUACCCUCCCUAGCAACCAGGCCAAUUUGGUUGCUAGGGACACCUGUCUGGAGUCACUCAGCACACCCUGGAUUCAUCGUGACUCCAGAUGUGAUAGUCAAUACUCGAGGAGAUACCACAGGAACUGCUCAGCUGAAAUGAAAGAUGAUGAAUUGGAAUGAAAACAUUCGUUUAUAUGAACAAUUAUAUUGUAAAUAUUUCAUAUUUUCACCCUUCUGUUUGGUAAGCAGCACCAAUGCAACAAAAUUAAGAGCAAAGCCACACCUCAGAUGUGUAACUAAUGCUUUAUCUAUGCAUUUCUAGUGCGGCCACAUAUAAUGAUGGGAGAUGUAGUGUUGCUGCAAACAUGUCACUUAAUCCAGCUUUUAUGGCUAUUCUUCAUUAACAGUACAAAAAAUGCAUACAACACUAAACCGCACAGUCAAACUCCUCCAGUAAAACUCAAUUAUUACCAAUAAUCAUUUUCUUCCGCCAACAUUCUUAAAUCGACACGCCCCUAUUUUCUUCAUGUUUCCACUUAUUGAAGUGCAGGUUCUGAAUUUUGACAUUUUCCCCCAAAAAUGUGUUUAUUUGUAUAUGCAAAUGAAUGGUAACAUUUAGAAACGUACAUGUAAAUAACAUCAAAAUAGCAUAAAAUCCCAAAGAAAUGCAUAAAUGUUUUUACAUCAGGGAAGAGGAGAUGGCGGCAUCAUCAUCAUAAAUAAGGGUUACACGUCUGACCUUUCCAGUCACAUGACCACGAACAGUGUUGGGUAAAAGUAACUUUUUAGAAUAUUGUGUUACUCCUUAAAAAAGUAACUUAAAAAUGUACUUUAAUUCAUUAAGCAAAGUAAAGCGGUACAUUAUUCUUGCGUUACUUUUUUUCUCACAGCGACUUUCUCUUCUGCUAUGCAAAUAAUCUGUGCAUUGCAUACAAGAGACAGGUCACGCUAACAACAGAGUAAACAAACAGAUAUUUAGAGUAAACAAACAGAUAUUUAGAAAGCAUUUAUAUUAAAGAAUCAAUAAUGUGAAUAUGUGUGAUUUGUUUUCCCAUCAACAUGGCAGCCAACAUGAAUAAUGAAGAAUACCCGCUGUCUUACCCAAAACAGUCAAAUCCAACACUUGAACCGGCAUCAUAUAUGCCAUUACGCGCGGUGCCCAUCGACUGUGCAUCAUAUAUGCCAUCAUGUGCGGUGCCCAUCGACCGUGCAUCAUACAUGCCAUCAUGCGCGGUGCCCAUCGACCCAGUGUCAUAUAUGCCAUCACGCGUGGUGCCCAUCGACUGUGCAUCAUAUAUGCCAUCAUAUGAGGUGCCCAUCGACCCUGUGUCAUAUAUGCCAUCACGCACGGUGCCCAUCGACUGUGCAUCAUAUAUGCCAUCAUAUGAGAAACCCAUCGACCGUGCAUCAUAUAUGCCAUCAUGCGCGGUGCCCAUCGACCCAGUGUCAUAUAUGCCAUCAUGCGCGGUGCCCAUCGACACAGUGUCAUAUAUGCCAUCACGCGCGGUGCCCAUCGACCGUGCAUCAUAUAUGCCAUCAUAUGAUGUGCCCAUCGACCGUGCAUCAUAUAUGCCAUCAUGCGCGGUGCCCAUCGACCCAGUGUCAUAUAUGCCAUCAUGCGCGGUGCCCAUCGACACAGUGUCAUAUAUGCCAUCACGCGCGGUGCCCAUCGACCGUGCAUCAUAUAUGCCAUUACGCGCGGUGCCCAUCGACCGUGCAUCAUAUAUGCCAUUACGCGUGGUGCCCAUCGACUGUGCAUCAUAUAUGCCAUCAUGUGCGGUGCCCAUCGACCGUGCA